AUGCUACAGCUCCAGGAUAAAAUGCAGAUUCUAAGCAACUUGACUAUUCAAUUUCCAAGCUUCUUGCUGAUUGGUAUUCCUGGUCUAGAGUCUGUACAGGCCUGGCUCUCCAUCCCAUUCUGUUGUCUCUACGCUUCUGCUCUCUUGGGGAACAGCAUGAUCCUGUUUAUCAUCAGCAGCCAGAAGAGUCUCCAUGAGCCCAUGUACUAUUUCCUCUCUAUGCUGUCAGCUACUGAUCUGGGAUUGAUUGUUUCUACAAUGUCAACAACACUACCUAUCCUGUGGUUUGAUGCAAAGAAAAUCAGUUUGGAUGCCUGCAUCAUCCAGAUGUUUUUUCUUCAUGGAUUCGCCCUCAUGGAAACAGGGGUGCUUGUGGCUAUGGCCUUUGACCGCUAUGUGGCAAUUUGUAACCCUCUGAGGUACACUAGCAUCCUCACUAAUUCUCGAAUCAUUCAGAUGGGUCUCUUGAUGGUUAUACGUACUGCAGUAAUAAUGGUACCACUGCUUUUGCUUCUUAAACCUCUCUCUUUCUGUAGAGGUAAUGCCCUUUCCCACUCCUACUGUUACCAUCCAGAUGUGAUUAAAUUAGCUUGUUCAGAUACUCGGAUCAAUAAUAUCUAUGGAUUAUUUGGGCUCAUCCUGUCCACGGGGAUCGAUACACCAUGCAUUAUCUUGUCUUACAUCAUGAUUAUUCGCUCUGUCUUGAGUAUCGCCUCCCCUGAAGAGCGACAUAAGGCCUUUAGCACCUGUUUCUCCCACAUUGGAGCAGUUGCCAUUUUCUAUAUCCCUUUUGUGAGUCUGUCCCUAGUGCACCGCUAUGGUCGGUCAGUCCCUAGAAUGGUCCAUUCUAUGAUGGCCAAUGUAUACCUGCUUCUUCCCCCUGUGCUCAACCCCAUUAUCUACAGUGUCAGAACCAAACAAAUCCACAGGGCUAUACUCAAUCUGCUGCUGAAAAAAUAA